AUCAGGCGGGAAGAGGCAAAAAGGGAUCUGGGAGCGCGCCGCGGCGGUUCCUGUCCUUACAGUUGCGCUGCCCAGGGACCGAUGUUGCGCGAGGAAAAUGCGGGACGCCCAGGGUCUUGCUCUAUCGCCCAAGCUGGAGAGCAGAGGCAUGAUCACAUCUCACUGCAGCCUUGUCCUCCUAGGCUCAGGCUGGAGUGCAGUGGCGAGAUCUCGGCUCACCACAACCUCCGCCUCCCAGAUUCAAGCCAUUCUCCUGCCUAAGCCUCCCGAGUAGCUGGGAUUACAGGGCCAUUUCUGAGCAGUGGAGGUUUCAAGUAAUCCACUAACAACCAGUUCCAAAUUCUGUCAUCAAAUCCUGUGCUGCUGUUCCUCGUGGUAAUAGAUGCAUAUUAUUUCUUUUAUUUAAAAGAAAUGAAUGUGACUAGUAUUGCAUUAAGGGCUGAAACUUGGCUUUUAGCUACAUGGCAUGUUAAAGUACCUCCGAUGUGGCUGGAAGCUUGUAUUAACUGGAUUCAAGAAGAAAAUAAUAAUGUUAACUUGAGUCAGGCCCAAAUGAAUAAACAAGUGUUUGAGCAGUGGCUCCUUACUGAUCUGAGGGAUUUGGAGCAUCCUCUUUUACCCGAUGGCAUUUUAGAAAUUCCAAAAGGAGAAUUAAAUGGAUUUUAUGCUCUGCAGAUUAAUUCCUUGGUUGAUGUAAGUCAGCCUGCAUACUCCCAGAUACAGAAGUUGAGAGGAAAGAAUACAACAAAUGAUCUAGUUACAGCUGAAGCACAAGUAACCCCAAAACCUUGGGAAGCAAAGCCUUCACGAAUGUUGAUGCUGCAGCUAACUGAUGGAAUCGUACAAAUACAGGGAAUGGAAUAUCAGCCUAUUCCAAUUCUUCAUAGUGAUCUUCCUCCAGGUACAAAAAUUUUGAUUUAUGGAAAUAUAUCUUUCCGUCUUGGUGUUCUCUUAUUGAAACCAGAAAAUGUGAAAGUGUUAGGAGGUGAAGUAGAUGCUCUUUUAGAAGAAUAUGCCCAAGAAAAAGUACUUGCAAGAUUAAUAGGGGAACCUGAUCUUGUAGUUUCAGUCAUACCAAACAAUUCUAACGAAAACAUUCCCAGAGUUACAGAUGUUCUAGAUCCUGCAUUAGGUCCUUCUGAUGAAGAACUCUUGGCAAGUCUUGAUGAAAAUGAUGAGCUUACAGCAAAUAAUGACACUUCCUCAGAACGAUGUUUCACCACAGGUAAUUCCUCAAAUACCAUUCCCACAAGACAGUCAAAUUUUGAGCCAGAAUUUGUUAUUUCUCCACGACCAAAAGAGGAACCAUCAAACCUAUCUAUGCAUGUAAUGGAUGGAGAAUUAGAUGACUUUUCACUGGAGGAGGCCUUGCUUUUAGAAGAAACUGUCCAGAAAGAACAGAUGGAAACUAAGGAAUUGCAACCAUUGACUUUUAACAGAAAUGCCGAUCGAAGUAUAGAGAGAUUUUCACAUAAUCCUAAUACUACGAAUAACUUUUCUUUGACUUGCAAAAAUGGAAACAAUAAUUGGAGUGAAAAAAAUGUAUCUGAACAAAUGACUAAUGAAGACAAAUCAUUUGGUUAUCCAUCUGUUAGAGACCAAAACAGGAGUAUUUUUUCAGUUCAUUGUAAUGUACCCUUAGCCCAUGAUUUUACAAAUAAAGAAAAGAACUUAGAGACAGAUAAUAAAAUAAAACAAACCAGCAGUUCAGAUGGGCAUUCCUUAAAUAAUAAAACAUUAAAUAGAGAGGUGGUCAACUAUGUACAGAAAAGGAGUUCACAAAUUUCUAAUGAAAAUGAUUGUAAUUUACAGAGUUGUUCUUUAAGAUCAUCAGAGAAUAGCAUUAAUCUUUCUAUUGCCAUGGAUUUGUAUUCUCCACCCUUUGUCUAUUUGUCUGUUCUAAUGGCCAGCAAACCAAAGGAAGUUACAACAGUGAAAGUGAAAGCAUUUAUUGUAACCUUAACUGGAAAUCUCUCAGGUUCUGGUGGUAUUUGGAGUAUAACUGCAAAGGUGUCUGAUGGUACUGCAUAUCUAGAUGUAGACUUUGUGGAUGAAAUACUUACUAGCUUGAUAGGGUUCUCAGUACCAGAAAUGAAACAGUCAAAAAAGGAUCCUCUUCAAUACCAAAAGUUCCUGGAAGGGUUGCAGAAAUGUCAAAGAGAUCUAAUAGAUUUGUGCUGUCUAAUGACUAUUUCAUUUAAUCCUUCCUUGUCUAAAGCAAUGGUACUGGCGUUACAAGAUGUUAAUAUGGAACACCUUGAGAAUCUAAAGAAGCGGUUAAAUAAAUAAUUAAACUAAAAUAGUAUUAGGAACAAUUAAAAACAACAAGGAAAUAUUUAGAAUUUGUUCACAAUUUUACUUAUGAUACUUUGUGUAAAAAGGAAAAAUGAAAUUUCAUAGCUUAUUUCAGUUUAAUUUUAAAGUGUUUAAUCAUGUUUGUUAUAUGUGGAGCUUUUGAAAAUAAGUUAAUCUUUUUUUUUUUUUUUUAAUGUCAGGGUAUUGCUCUGUUGCCCAGGCUAGAGUGCAGUGGCAUGAUCAUAGGUUAUUGCAUCAACCUCUUGAGCUCAAGCGAUCCUCCUGCCUUAGCCUCUUGAGUUGCUGGGACUAUAGGCAUGUACCACCAUGCCCAGCUAAUUUAUUAUUACUACUAUUGUUUUGUAGGGACAGAGUUUUGCUAUGUUGCCCAGAUUGGUCUCAAACUCCUGGCCUCUCACUCCUGCCGUCAUGGCCUCCAAAGUUUAAUUUUUUUAAAAGUAACUGUUAGAUGGAGGAAUAUGGUGACCCACUAUUGUUGAGAAAUUUGUUUUCCACUUGUCACGUCACAUAAGAUGAUUGCUAAAAUAUUGUACUGGUGUUCGGUGGUGAGUCAUAUUUUUGAAAGUUAAUAAUUAUAAAUAGGUAAUUUCCUUCUAAUAUGUUGGUACUGUCUAUGGCCAUACCACCCUGAACAUGCCUGAGCUUGUCAUAAUAUGUUGAGUACCCAAAAGAUUUGUUUAUAUUGUUAAUCUUAGGGAAAAAAAAUUAAAAUCCAGUAGAUCAGAACAUCAGGCUUUCAGAUACAAAUUGAUUUACUGGUUUUUAUUUUGCUGAUUAUAAUAUUUGGUAUAUUUAAGGUAAUCUAGUUAACUAGAUGCUAUUUCAUAGAUUAUAUUGAAUGAUUUAAAACUAUUUUCAAGGAUAGUUUAUUUUAAAUGGCAUAUUGAAAACAUCAUUAUUAAGAUCCAGUAGGUAGGACAUUUAUUGGAUUAAAAUGAAGCAUUUAUCUAUGUCUUUAGGUGUCAUUGUUCCCUUUCUGAAUUAGCUGUACAUAUAAGCCUUCCUUUGGUUUUAAGUACUGAUUUUUUUUUAAAAAAAGAGGGACUGUUUACAAUUCUUCCACUGUGCUGUUAUAAAGUUGUAUUUGAAAGGUAAUGUUGUUUUUAUUAAUCUUUUGUCUUAAAAUAAUUUAAAGUGCUUUGAAUUUUAAAACAUUAAACAAAUCCUUAAAUAACAAAA